UGAACAUUUUGUAUUUAAACUAAACUUCAGUUAUCGCUUCAGAUAUCGCUAUCGAUAGCAAUAACAGCGCGCAGAGCGACAGUGAAACGAAUAAUCGUAACAUUUCCAUCAGUUGUUUACAUACGUGAUUGCGAAUGCGUGAUUGAGCAACUGCAGCUGUCUUAUCACUGUCUUUCCAAUGGCUUUUUCAAUUUUUAAGGAUUUGCCAGCAGAGCACCCACGUAACUUAAUACCAGCACUAUGCAACCAAUUCUAUCACCUUGGCUGGGUCACCGGUACUGGCGGCGGCAUGAGUAUUAAAUACAACAAUGAAAUUUAUAUCGCACCAUCUGGUGUACAGAAGGAACGUAUGCAGCCUGAGGAUCUAUUCGUGCAAGAUAUAGAUGGCAAAGACUUGCAAUUGCCACCAGAGAUCAAGGGCCUGAAGAAGAGCCAAUGCACACCGCUCUUUAUGCUGGCAUACAGACACCGCGAUGCCCAAGCCGUCAUCCAUACUCAUUCCCAGCAUGCGGUUAUGGCUACGCUGCUCUGGUCAGGCAAAACGUUUCGUUGUACACAUUUGGAAAUGAUUAAGGGCGUCUACGAUGAGGCUGAUAAGCGAUAUUUGCGUUACGACGAGCAGCUUAUCGUGCCUAUCAUCGAGAAUACUCCCCACGAACGAGAUCUGGCCGACAGCAUGUACGCAGCGAUGAUGGAAUAUCCCGGAUGCAGUGCCGUACUUGUUCGCCGUCACGGCGUCUACGUAUGGGGUCAGACAUGGGAAAAGGCCAAGACAAUGUCGGAGUGCUAUGACUACCUAUUUUCCAUUGCCGUCCAGAUGAAGCGGGCCGGUCUUGAUCCGGAAAAAUUUGAGAACGCAUCAUAGGCGUAA